AUGACGACGACCGGCGUGGGACCUGAACUCCCCCCUCCUGCCCCAGUCUCCCCCCCUGCUCCAGACUCCCCUCCUGCCCCAGUUUCCCCCAUCCUGCCCAAGUCUCCCCCUCCUGCCCGAGUCUCCCCCCCUGCUCCAGACUCACCCCUCCUGCCCCAGACCCACCCCUCCUGCCCCAGUCUCCCCCUCCUGCCCGAGUCUUCCCCUCCUGUCCCAGUCUUCCAUUUCUGCCCCAGACUCACCGCUCCUGCCCCAGUCUUCCCCUCCUGCCCCAGACUCACCCCUCCUGCCCCAGACUCACCCCCUGCCCCAGACUCAACCCUCCUGCACCUGACCCACCCCUCCUGCCCCAGUCUUCCCCUCCUGCCCCAGUCUUCCCCUCCUGCCCCAGUCUUCCCCUCCUGCCCCAGACUCACCCUCCUGCCCCAGACUCACCCCCCUGCCCCAGACUCACCCCUCCUGCACCAAGUCUCACCCUCCUGUCCCAGUGUCCCCCUCCUGCCCCAGUCUCCCCCUCCUGCUCCAGUCUCCCCCCCCCUGCCCCAGUCUCCCCUCCUGCCCCAGUCUCCCCCUCCUGCUCCAGUCUCCCCUCCUGCCCCAGUCUCCCCCCCUGCCCAAGUCUUCCCCUCCUGCCCCAACUCACCCCUCCUGCCCCAGUCUCCCCCCUCCUGCCCCAGACUCACCCCUCCUGAUCAAGUCCCCCCUCCUGCCCCAGACUCACCCCUCUUGCCUCAUUCUCCCCCCUCCUGCCCCGGACUCACCCCUCCUGAUCAAGUCUCCCCUCCUGCCCCAGACUCCCCCCUCCUGUCCCAGACUCACCCCUCCUGUCCCAGACUCACCCCUCCUGAUCAAGUCCCCCCUCCUGCCCCAGACUCACCCCUCCUGCCCCAGACUCACCCCUCCUGUCCUAGACUCCCCCCUCCUGCCCCAGACUCACCCCUCCUGAUCAAGUCCCCCCUCCUGCCCCAGACUCACCCCUCUUGCCUCAUUCUCCCCCCUCCUGCCCCAGACUCACCCCUCCUGAUCAAGUCUCCCCUCCUGCCCCAGACUCACCCCUCCUGUCCCAGUCUCCCCCCUCCUGCCCCAGACUCCCACCUCCUGCCCCAGACUCACCCCUCCUGCCCCAGUCUCCCCCCUCCUGCCCCAGACUCACCCCUCCUGAUCAAGUCCCCCCUCCUGCCCCAGACUCACCCCUCUUGCCUCAUUCUCCCCCCUCCUGCCCCAGACUCACCCCUCCUGAUCAAGUCUCCCCUCCUGCCCCAGACUCCCCCCUCCUGUCCCAGACUCACCCCUCCUGCCCCAGUCUCCCCCCUCCUGCCCCAGACUCACCCCUCCUGA